AUGAGAAAUUACACAACAGGAUGCGAAUUGGGUGACAGGGCGGCGGUGCGGCUCAGUCUCGAGCCCGCCGAGUUGUUACCGGCCAACGAUGAGAAGCCCUCGCCUGAUGAAGAUGCUAUCCCGGCCCAUCCACUCGGAGUGAAGCCUGCUGGCAACGGUCUGACGGCGUCAUGGGACAUCCGGCCGGCGAUGGGCGGCUUUGCUCUGCUGCCGGACGAGCUGAUACUGAUACUGCUAGAGUCGUUUGAUGCGUCUACGCUGAGAUGUCUGGGUGCGGCCUGCAGGGCUCUCUAUGCGUUCACGCGGGCAGAGGAGCUGUGGAAGGCCCUGUUUAUACGAGCGCUACCGUCGGAGUUUUCGUGGCACGGCGACUGGCAUUCGACGUACUUGAAUCUGCCGCCGUCAAAGGUUGCCUCGCCCGAUUGCUCGCAGCUGUUCUCGGAUACGCUUCAUAGACCGUUUCAGUGCUCGCAUCUCCCUCUGCCGAUGUACUCGAGCAUACCGGCAAGGAACCAGAUACCGCGGUUGGAUAAUUUGACGCAGGCCGAGUUCGACGAGUCAUGGGCUGAUCGGCCGUUUAUCCUUACUCAGCCAGUCAAGGAGUGGCCGGCGUUCAAAUCCUGGUCUGUCGAAUGCAUAUUGGAUAAGCAUGCGGAAACCCUUUUCCGGGCAGAGGCGGUCGACUGGCCGUUCAAGACAUAUGUUGACUACAUGCACAAUAACUCGGAUGAGAGUCCGCUCUAUCUAUUCGAUAAGAACUUCGUUUCGAAGAUGGGGCUAUCCGAUGGCGGCGAGAACAAGGACGAGGGUGGUGUUGUGUUUUGGCCACCGUCAUGCUUCGGGGCUGAUCUGUUUGCCGUGCUGGGCUCCCAGCGACCUGACAAGGAGUGGCUGAUUAUCGGCCCUGCCAGGAGCGGGAGUACCUUCCACAAGGAUCCCAAUGCUACCAGUGCCUGGAAUGCGGUUCUGCGUGGUUCCAAGUAUUGGAUUAUGUUUCCUGGCUCGGCGUCACUUCCGCCUCCGCCGGGUGUAUACGUUUCCGCAGACCAGUCUGAAGUCACCUCCCCUCUCAGCAUUGCCGAGUGGCUGCUGAAUUUCCAUGAGGAAGCGCGGAAUACGUCUGGAUGCCUGGAAGGGAUAUGCGGUGAAGGGGAGGUCCUACACGUCCCUUCCGGCUGGUGGCAUCUGGUCGUUAAUCUAUCGGAGUCGGUAGCUAUUACGCAGAACUUUGUCCCUCGCAGACACCUCCGCUCUGCGUUGGAUUUCAUGAAGCACAAGGCCGAUCAGGUUUCUGGAUUCCGUAAGGAUAUUGCAGACCCUUACGGGCUGUUUGUGCAGAGGAUGAAAGAAACGUAUCCGGAUAUGCUUGAGGAGGCAUUGCUGGAAAUAGAGGCAAAGAAGAAACGGAAGUGGGCAGAAGUUGUAAAAAGUUCAAAUGUUUCUACUGAUGGAGGGUUUAGCUUUGGAUUUGGUGACGAGAGCGAUGCUGAAGUGCCGUAG